AUGAUUAACGCAGUUAGAACCCCGGCAUUGAAGAGCCCAGCGAAGGCAGCCAUUAUAUUCUGUCAUGGAUUAGGAGACACUGGGAGUGGAUGGUCAUUUUUCAACCAAUUAAUCAAUCAAAGCAAAUUGGUCAAGAAUCACGAAACAAUUAAUUAUGUCUACCCCAACGCACCAACCAUGCCAGUUAGUGUUAAUUUUGGAAUGAGCAUGACUUCAUGGUUUGACAUGUUUGGCUUUACUCCUGACAGUCAACAAGAUACCGAAGGGUUCUUGAAAAGUAUUGAAGUAUUGAAACAAGCAAUUAAAGAGCAAAUUGAGGUUCAUAAUGUACCAAGUGAGAAGAUUAUAAUUGGAGGAUUUUCCCAAGGAGCAGCCAUAUCAUUGGCCACCUUGGCGCUAUUAGACAUCAAGAUCGGUGGGGUUGUUGCGUUAUCGGGAUUUGUUACUAUAAAAGAUAAAAUCAAAGAAUUACAUAGAAAUGACAUCAAUCAUGAAACCCCAAUUUUCCAAGGACACGGAAUCCAAGACGACUUGGUUUUAUGCGAAUACGGAGAGAAAACUAGUGACUUCUAUAAGAGUUUAGGGUUUUCCAAUUACCAAUUCAAAAAAUAUAACGGGGUUGGCCAUUCUGCCAGUGAAGAAGAAUUGGUUGAUGCCAUUAGAUUCAUCGACUCUGCCAUCAACAAAAAUGUAUAG